AUGCCCUCCACCAUGUCUCCUGCUGCUGAAUCUACCGGUGUCUCCGCCAAGGCCGGUGCUUUCGACACUGCUACUCUCUUUGUCGCCGACAAGGCUCAGUCCGCCGAGGCUGCCAACACCGUCGCCACCCUCGCCAAGAAGGAGGGUGUCGAAUUCUUUGGUGCUAUCAAGCUCAACGAGGCUCUUGUCAAGGCCCUUAACGACAAGAAGAACCCCGCCACCCGCGAGGCCGCAUGCGCCGCCAUCUCGACCAUCUGCGAGCAGGGCGCCGGUCAGCUCCUCGAGCCGUACAUCAUCUCGUCGGACGCCAACGCCCCCUUCUCCAUCCUCCUCGAGACCUUCGCCGACAAGGAGAAGGCGGUCAAGGAUGCGGCUAUUGCCGCCGUCAAGGCCGUCGUCCAGGUCAUGAACCCAUGGGCCACCGCCGUCAUCCUCCCUGCCAUCCUCGAGCAGGUCAAGACCGCUGGCAAGUGGCAGGUCAAGACCGGGUGCCUCGAUGUGCUCCAGCAGCUCAUCACCUCGGCUCCCAACCAGGUCGGUCAGGCCACCCCGGACCUGAUCCCCGUCCUCGCCGGUGCGGUCUGGGACACCAAGACGGAUGUCAAGAAGGCCGCUAAGGUCACUCUUGAGCGUGCUACCAAGCUCGUCGACAACAAGGAUAUCGAAAAAUUCAUCCCCGCCCUUAUCAAGUCCCUCCUCAACCCUAUCGAGGAGGUCCCCAAGACUAUCACACUCCUUUCAGCCACCACAUUCGUUUCAGAGGUCACUGCACCCACCAUCUCCCUCAUCGCUCCCCUCCUCAUCCGUGGUCUCGACGAGCGGGCGACCGCCAUCAAGCGCAAGGUCUGUGUCAUCGCCGACAACAUGUCCAAGCUCGUUGACUCGGAGUACACCGUUCGGCCCUUCUUGCCCCAGCUCCUCCCGCGUCUCAUCAAGACCGGUGAGACUAUCGGUGACCCGGAGGCUCGGUCCGUCUGCAACCGUGCCAUCGCCACCCUCCGUCGUAUCGGUCGUGUCCCCGAGGGAUCGGACGGUACCGAUCUCCCCCCUCUCAAGAUCGCCGAGGGUCCCCACCUCGCGACCAACCUCGUCGCCCUCGUCAAGAAGAACGGCGGCGCUACCGUCGAGCAGGCCAACCCCGGUCUCGCCUACGCCGGUGUUCUCGCCGCCUCCCUCGUCAAUGCCCACAACUUUGACCAGGGCACCUGGGAGGCUGCUAUCCCCCAGUACGUCCAGCUCGCUCUUCCCGGAUUCGACUCGCUGCCCGCUGUGCGCGAGUUGCUCCAGAAGAAGGCGGACGAGGCGGACACCGGAGACGUCAAGUUUGCGGACGAGGAGGAGGGAGAGGAUCUCUGCAACAUCGAGCAGUUCAACUUGGCGUACGGUGCCAAGAUCCUGCUCCACCACGCCAACAUGCGUCUCAAGCGUGGUCACCGCUACGGUCUUUGCGGUCGGAACGGUUCCGGCAAGUCUACCCUGAUGAACGCCAUCAUCAACUCCCAGGUCGACGGCUUCCCGCCACCCGAGGAGGUCCGUACUUUCUACGUCCAGCACGACAUUGACGGUUCGGAGGAGGAGAUUACCAUCAUCGACUGGGUCCUCUCGGACAAGCGUCUCCAAGCUAGCGAGCAGGAGAUCCGCGAGACCCUUCUCUCGGUCGGUUUCGACGAGGCCAAGCAGAAGCACUCUAUCGGUUCGCUUUCGGGCGGAUGGAAGAUGAAGCUCGCGCUUGCCCGCGCCAUCCUCUUCAAGGCGGAUAUCCUCCUCCUCGACGAGCCCACCAACCACUUGGAUGUCCUCAACGUCGACUGGGUCAUCAACUACCUUACCUCCCUCACCACCUGUACCUCCAUCAUCGUCUCGCACGACUCGGACUUCCUUAACCGCACCAUCACGGACGUCCUCCACUUGAACAACUUCAAGCUCAAGCGGUACCCCGGUGAUCUCCAGGCCUUCGUGGACUUUGUCCCCGAGGCCAAGGCGUACUUCCAGCUGGACGUUGCCGAGGACUACCAGUUUAAGCUGCCGGCUCCUCCUCUUCUUGACGGUGUCAAGACCAAGGAGAAGUCGCUGCUCAAGAUGAGGGACGUCUCGUUCCAGUACCCCGGCUCGCCCGUGCAGCAGCUGUACAACAUCUCGCUCCAGGUCUCGCUCUCGUCCCGUGUCGCCAUUCUCGGUCCCAACGGUUCCGGUAAAUCCACCCUCGUCAAGCUCCUCACCGGUGAGACGGAACCCAACUUGGGCGGUCAAGUCUGGAAGCACCCCAACUUGGUCAUCGGAUACGUCGCCCAGCACGCUUUCCACCACAUCGACAACCACCUCGACUCUACCCCGCUCGAGUACAUGCUCUGGCGGUACCAGACCGGAGAGGAUCUGGAGGAGAUGCACAAGGCCAACCGUAUCAUGACGGCCGAGGAGGAGCAGAAGAUGAAGGAGGGAGCUACUGUCGUCAAGGAGGGGGUCAAGCGGAUCAUUGACGAGAUUGUCGCUCGUAAGAAGCUCAAGCAGUCUUACGAGUACGAGAUCUCGUUCAAGGGGUUGUCGUCUGCAGAGAACAUGUGGAUGCCCCGUGACGAGCUCAUCACCCGUGGUUUUGAGAAGAAGGUGUUGGAGCUGGACACCAAGGAGGCGCAGAGGUUGGGUCUGAUGAGGCCGCUCGUCAGGAGGGAGAUCGAGAAGCACUUCGAGGACUUCGGGCUCGAGUCGGAGUUUGUGAGCCACAAUUCAAUGCGCGGAUUAUCCGGAGGCCAGAAGGUUAAGGUCGUCCUUGGAGCUGCGACAUGGCGGAGGCCCCACGUGAUUUGUCUCGACGAACCGACCAACUACUUGGACCGCGAAUCUUUGGCUGCCCUCAUCGCUGCCCUUAAGAACUUCGAGGGUGGUGUGCUCAUCAUCACACACAACAGGGAGUUCUCAGAGAACAUCUGUACCGAAGUCUGGGCUAUGUCCGACGGUCAACUUCUUGCCUCAGGACACAACUGGGUCGAGGGUCAAGGUCAGGGUGCCCGCAUCGACAAGCAGGCGGGUGACGACGAUGAGGUCGAGUACGACGCGCUCGGAAACCCCAUCGCCAAGGUCAAGAAGGAGAAGAAGAAGAGCGCCGCCGAGCUGCGUAAGGCCAAGAAGGACCGUAUGGCCAGGCGGAAGCGUGGAGAGGAGGUCUUCACCGACGAGGAGUUGUAA